GUAGGAAGCUCCGCGCGGCGGCGGCGGCGGCGGCGGCGGCGGCUGGAGGGUGGGAGGGGACGCGCCGGCAGGCGGGCGGGGGCGCUGGGACGCGGAGGGGGCUCCCGCCCAGGGCUCUCUGGAACGUUUGCCACCGCGGAGCUAGUCGCGAGGAGCGAGCGAGCCUACGAGUCAACAACGAGCCCGGAGCGGGCAGCAGGCGGAGCGGAGCCGCCGGGCAGAGCGGGCUCGGAGCCCGGGUCUCCGCGGCUCGGGACCCGGCUCCGGCGGCGGCGGGGGCGGCGAUGUUCCACUGCAUCCCCCUGUGGCGGUGCAACCGUCACGUGGAGACCAUCGACAAGCGCCACUGCUCGCUGGUCUACGUUCCCGAGGAGAUCUACCGCUAUGCCCGUAGCCUGGAGGAGCUGCUGCUGGACGCCAACCAGCUCCGUGAGCUGCCCGAGCAAUUUUUCCAGCUAGUCAAAUUACGAAAGCUUGGACUUAGUGAUAAUGAAAUUCAGCGGCUCCCUCCGGAAAUAGCAAACUUCAUGCAGCUGGUGGAACUUGACGUGUCUCGAAACGAUAUUCCUGAAAUUCCAGAAAGCAUCUCAUUCUGUAAAGCACUACAGAUAGCUGACUUCAGCGGAAACCCACUGACUAGGUUACCAGAAAGCUUUCCUGAAUUACAGAAUUUAACAUGUCUUUCUGUAAAUGACAUCUCACUGCAGUCUCUGCCUGAAAAUAUUGGCAAUCUUUAUAACCUGGCUUCACUGGAAUUGAGAGAGAAUCUUCUUACAUAUCUUCCUGACUCUCUUACCCAGUUACGAAGACUAGAAGAACUUGAUUUAGGGAACAAUGAAAUAUAUAAUUUGCCAGAAUCAAUCGGAGCUCUCUUACAUCUAAAGGAUCUCUGGUUGGAUGGAAAUCAACUGUCAGAAUUACCUCAGGAAAUAGGAAAUCUGAAGAACCUGCUGUGCUUAGAUGUCUCUGAAAACAGGUUGGAAAGACUUCCUGAAGAAAUCAGUGGCCUGGCUUCAUUAACAGAUUUAGUCAUUUCCCAGAACUUACUAGAAACCAUUCCGGAUGGCAUUGGAAGGCUGAAGAAACUGUCCAUCUUGAAGGUGGAUCAGAACCGACUCACGCAGUUGCCUGAAGCCGUUGGGGAUUGCGAAAGUCUCACUGAGUUAGUUCUUACGGAAAAUCGGCUCCUGACCUUACCUAAAAGCAUUGGAAAACUAAAGAAGUUGAACAACUUGAAUGCAGACAGAAAUAAAUUAAUGUCUUUACCAAAAGAGAUCGGCGGGUGCAGCAGCCUCACUGUGUUCUGCGUGCGUGACAACAGACUGACUCGGAUACCUGCAGAGAUGUCACAGGCGACAGAACUUCACGUCCUUGAUGUGGCAGGCAACAGGUUGCUGCAUCUGCCUUUAUCCCUGACGGCCUUGAAGUUGAAGGCUCUGUGGUUAUCCGACAACCAGUCCCAGCCUCUGCUCACGUUCCAGACAGACACGGACCGCACCACAGGGGAGAAGAUUUUAACCUGUGUCUUACUUCCUCAGCUGCCUUCCGAACCUACUUGCCAAGAGAAUCUGCCUCGUUGUGGUGCGCUGGAGAGCUUGGUAAACGAUGUCUCUGAUGAAGCCUGGAACGAGCGUGCGGUAAACAGAGUCAGUGCAAUCCGAUUUUUGGAAGAUGAAAAAGAUGAAGAAGACAAUGAAACGAGAACACUUCUAAGGCGAGCCACUCCACACCCGGGGGAGUUAAAGACCAUGAAAAAGACAGUGGAGAAUUUACGGAAUGACAUGAAUGCUGCUAAAGGACUGGAUUCAAACAAAAACGAGGUCAAUCAUGCCAUUGACCGAGUGACCACUUCUGUGUAGAAUUGCGCCUCCGGGUUUUACCUCCCGUGUCUUCCUCUGCUGUCGAGAUGUUCCUGUCUGCUUCUGAGGAGCCUCAUGCAGUCCUCGUCCUCACCAGCACCUUCGUGUCACCUCCCCGUGUCGAGCGUCAGGAUGCUGCUCUCCCAGGAAGUGCCUUAUUGUCAUCCCUCACCCAGUCGUCGCAUCAGUGGUCUCCCGGCAUGAUUUUUCUUUUUUUUUUAAUUUCAGUUGUUUGUGAUAAGUAGAAUACACUACUGUAAACAUCUGACCUUUGUUUUUGUCUUCUGUUGGGGUAAGGGAGAGCAGGAAGGGGAAUUUGUACCCUCCUCCCUUUCAUACAGUGCUGGGACAUUUUGAACCCAAGUUUCUCUUGGACCUACUGAUAAGAGAGAGUUUUAUGUAUGGGGAAAAAUUGAUACUUUUUAAACCUUUUCUGGCAGCUCAGAUGGUGUAAAUUUAAAAAUUUUGUAUAGGUAUUUUGUAACAAAUAUGUAUUCUUUUUUGUUAUUUUAUCUUGAAAACGGUACAUAUUUUAGUAUUUGUGAAGAAAAACAAGUCCUAAAGUAUUUGUUUUUAUCUGUACCAUCCACUUGUGCCUUACUGUACCCUGUGUCCUGUCCAACCAAUUGUGGAUGACGGCAGCCUUGAGCAAUGAGAUGAGAAUGGGAAUGUGGUACUUUUAAAGCAGUGUUGCAUUUUAAUCAGUAAUCUACCUUGGUGGAUUUGUUUUUAACCAAAAAGAUGAGUUACCGUUGAUUUGUAAAUUAUAUCAGUUGAUUUUUCUUUUUUGAAAAGAUGAACCAAAGGAUUAGACUGCUAAAUUUUAUUUCUUACAUUUUACCUUUUCACGAAUAAGUUUCUUGUAAUUAGUGCAGUUUCAGCCUGCACAAAGGAAAUUAUGACUCCGAAGGUGUGUGCCAUUUGUAAAAUAAAAUAGAGCAGAAAAGCACAAAAAGAGAAAACUGGUUCAGAAAUUCAGUGGGUAAAUAAAUUAUGUACUACAAACAAAAGUAUGAUUUUUAUUCAAGAAAGCUUUAAACAUUUUAUGUCCAGAUAUAAAACCACAAUAAAGCAAAAUAACCUACUAUCAUAAUAGAAAUGUUGCUCUCUUUGUAAGUGCAAUUUAAUUUGUAAAUAGAGUUUGAGUCAAAGCAUAACAAAAUACUGCUUCAAGAUUUAAUUUUAAAUCAGCUAAUUUAAGGGGUAUUGGGAUAAGUUUCGCUGUGUUUAUGUUGAUUUUUCUAUGCUGUGAUAAAGAGAAACGGAAAGUGCCAGUCCCUGUGUGGUAUCUAGGAAAAUCAUGUUUUUUCCUCCCCCUCUGUGAAAUAAAUUCACCCUGGACGUUGGCCA